UCGUUGAAGCGAUUAAAUAUUCUAACAAUAAGAGCAUUCGAACAACAUUUCUACAACAAUUUGAUCAACAUUUCUGAUACAUCAUUGUUGAAUGCACAUUUUCCAGUCAAAUUAAAGAUAAAAUUCAUAACCACAAUGUCACAUCCAAAUGAACCGAUUGCAAAACGGUUGCGUACAAGAAAUAAAAUCACUGAGCAAGCCACAAAGAAGCCUCAGGAGCUAGCUGAUCCAUUUUUAAAACUAAACGAAGAUUGUUUAAAUGCUGUUUUUGAAUAUUUGGAUGUUGAAAGCUUGUGUCGAACUGCGGAUGUUUGCAAUCGCUCCAGAUUAAUCAGCGAGCAGGUGUUCAAGCGUUAUUAUAGAAAUGUUUGGCGCAACUAUUAUGGAAAACAAUCCGAACUACGGCGUGUUCUUUGCAAAUUCGGUCAUUUAAUCACAACUUCUAAGGCUUUUUCUAUUGUUUAUGCUGAUAAUGUGUAUCUUACUUUUGAUGAUUAUGUAAAAUACAGCACGAAUUUGGAAAGCCUCACUUUAUCAAAGCAGCGUAUUACGUGUAAAGGUCUUGCCACUUUAAUUCCGCGCCUAAAAUAUUUGGAAUUAGAUAAUUGUACGAUCGAUUAUGAGGAUUGGGAGACAGUGUUUAAAGAAUGUACAAAACUUGAGGUUUUGAUUUUCAAAAUGAACACGAGCGGCGAAUUUUUGGUGCAAACAUUUCCAAAAUUGAUCAAACUCGAAAUUGAAUGUGUACGCGUAAGCCCUGCUACACUUGCCAGUAUAUUACGAUUAAAUCCACAGAUCAAGCAACUAUGUACCCUGGCAAUAUGCCAUGAUGCUAUUAUUGAUGCGAUAGUGGAGAAUGCACUAGAUUUAGAAGAAUUGAAAAUUUAUUAUCCAUAUGGACCGAAGGAAUCUCGAAUCCGAUUAAUAUGGAGUUUGAGAAAAGGAAGUAUCGAAGGUUUACUAAAAUUAACCCGGCUCAAGAAGUUGACGUUACUUCAUCUCGAUAUUAUGUAUGUAGAGUAUACGGAUUUGAAACCAAUACCGAAGCUUAUGGAAGCACUAUCAAACGAAAAUAUUCCGCUCGAAAAAUUAGAAUUACAAGAAUUUUCAAUCGAUUCAGACGACAUUGUUAGUUUGACGAGUCUAAAGACAUUACGAUAUAUCAAGUUGGCCAAAGUUGUGCGUAUGACAGAUGCUGACUUGAUUGCGUUAACAGCAGAACUACCAUUACUAUCUAGCUUGCACUUUAAUUUUCCAUUCGAAAAUGCAGCAAGUAUUACUGGCAAUGGACUGUUUCGAAUGGUGCAGUUGGGAAAUCAGUUGGAACAUGUGAGUUUGGAUGGAAACUGUAAGAUUGAAGUGACCACAAAAAGCUACCAAGCAUUGUUGAAAGCUGGUCAAAGUGCCGACAGACAAAAAAAAAUCGCAAUUAAUAUAGAAAACAACCAUAAAAUCUUUGUCAUGGCGUCCGAAAGUAGUUUUGCAAAGGAAAAAACCACUUCCUUUCGAUUAAUGUAACUUGAAGCUGAGUUCAAGCGAUAGCGAUUAUGAUUUAGACGAUUGGUACUACUAAUUCCGAUACCUAGAGAGUCUCUAGUAGAGACUAUGUCCAAUGAAAUACGUUUCCAACAUUUAAGCCGAUCAAAAGUAAUUUGAAAUAUUUUUUUCUGUUCAUAUGUCAUUUAUUAGUUCAUACUAGUUUUAACGCUAUAAAAUUUUACUAAAAAAGUCUAAUCGCAGCAUAUUCAUCAAAUAUUUGCAUAUUCGGAACCAUUGACAUUUUUAAGAUUGUACAUAAUAAUAUUCGGAAUGUAAUUUUUAUCAAUUUUUCUGUGUGUGUUCGCAAAAUAUUCGCAUAUUAACAAUUUAUUCGGAAACUAUUUGUGAAUAUUUACAUAUUAGGGACAUAUUCGUAUCAGACGCUGUAAAAUACAAA